AUGGCUGAAGACCAGAUCCCGACAUCGAUACCAGAGGUUGAGAGUCUCAUUUUAUCUCUGUAUCAGCCAAACCCCCCUGAGAUCAUCAAAAGAACGCAAGCUAUUCUGUCGCGACUUCAAGAUUCACCAGAAGCUUGGGGCCUUGCUCGUGAUUUGCUUGCAAGACCUGAAGAGCAGGUCAGGUUCUUCGGCGCACUCACCAUUGUCAUCAAACUCAAUAACGAGAGCACGUCUCUCACCCCUGAGAAUGCCGCUGAGUUACUGGUGGUGCUAAUAGGGAGAUACAUUGAUACACUUCGCAGUGGAACCUCACCAUUGGUCGCUCGGAAGCUUGCCUCGGCUCUCGCCACAUUUUUCCUUAACUUCCAUCAAGUUUGGGGUAGUUUCUGUCAUCAUCUCAUACUAUGCUUGGUCUCAGGCCAGUCAUGUCAACCAAGCGCUCUUAAUAAUGCUCCUGAUUCGUCUUCAUUGAUUGAGCGUAUGAACCCUUCGCAACUACAACCUGCUCUCUGGGUUUUGAGAAACGUGCUGGAGGAAGUUACCAAGAUCAACCUGAAUUCGCCUAAAAACAUUGGCGUCUAUGAUGCAAUUCUCGAAAAUCUGCCUGAUGCAGUGGCUCUAAUGAGUCGCGGCAUGUCGCCUCAAGUUACAAACGAAGCUGCCCACGAGGAUGCAAUCCAAUGCCUACAGUCAUGGGUGUGGUUUGCUCAAAAGUCAUCAUCACGAGACACCCGACUCUCUGAGCCCAUUGGACCGUUGAUUACAGCUGUCAUUACCUCCCUCACAAUCGACGAGCUUUACAGUGUAUCAGCAGAGCUGAUGACAGAUCUAUUAUCUAACUGCUUAUUGUUUUUGACUGAAUCACAUCUCGAGAGCCUCACUCAGCUCUUUGAUACUCCUUGGUUUCAGCGCCGUUAUCAGGAAUUGAUCCAGGGGGACUUUGACUUCGAACCUGUUCAGUUUGGUCAAUUAAUCCUCGCGUUCGGCGAAGCCAGGAUCGAUAUGUUGAUGCAAAGCAACGACAGUCGGUCCCAGAGGCUUCUGUCGAAUCUGUGCGGUCUACUUGCAGUGCAAGGCGAUCUUGUCGAAGACAGGAUCUUUGUUCCUGCCCUUGAGUUUUGGCUAACCUAUGCCGAGACUAUGACUGACUCGAUGUACAGUGACCCGGAGUCAGUCAAUACAUGGGUUCCGCAAGCACGCUCGCAUGCCUUGCAAGCUGUAUCGAACGCAUGGCAGAAAAUCGUCUACCCGCCUAUCAAAGAUUUCCUUUCUUGGGACUCUAACGAACGGAUGAGCUUCUCCAGUGCAAGAAAGGACGUUGUAGAUCUGCUUCAAUCUGUCUAUACCUUGGUAGGACCGCAACUUGUGGCGACGUUUGCAGACCUGGUGCUCGAAGCUUUGUCCAAAUCGGCAUGGUUGCAGCUUGAGGCCGCAGCCUUUUGUCUCGGUGGACUCGCGGAUUGCACCAGUGACGACAGUAGAUGCGACGAUGCGCUCGCAGUUGUUUUCAGGUCAUCCUUAUUCUCAACUUUACGAUCUGGACAGGGAGAAGUUCCUUCUAGAGUACGACAAACUUGUGUUGCUCUAAUUGAGCGCUAUACGGAAUAUUUCGAGCGAAAUAUUGCGGAGCUACACCCGGCCUUGAACUUCAUUUUCGGCUUUGUUGGAGAGCAUGCGAUGGCAAAUGCAGCAUCAAAGUCCAUACUUAGGCUGUGUGGUUCCUGCCGAAGUGCUUUGCACACUGAGGCCCAUGGCUUUUUGAACGAGUAUCAAAAUCUGGUAUCCGGAGAACGACUCGACUGUGCAGCCAGCGAAAAGGUCGUAGGCGGCAUUGCGGCAGUCAUUCAGGCAAUGCCCGAUCCAAGCCAGAAGUACUCGGCAUGUGCACGACUUCUCGGGUUUGUCCAGGCUGAUGUGCAGCGCUCUCUUGAACUGUUACAGUCGCCGCCUGACAAUCCCAUCCCCUGUUUUGGCCCUCCCCGUUACUGUGCAUACGCUGCUUCUGACGAGAACCCAGCUCUCCAUACCGCUUUGAGAUCUCUCAGAUGUCUUGCCAGCAUUGGCAAAGGCCUUCAAGCUUCAUCUGAGAUUUCAGUCGAUCUAGAGGGCGGCAAUACUAAUACUCAACCUGUGGAUCCUCAGCUUAUACAACUGCAAGAAACUAUCAUGUCUAUCAUUAGCCAGAUUCAAGCAUCGUUCAAUGGCAGCGGCGAAGUUGUAGAGCUAGUGUGCAGUGUCUUACGCAGCGGCUUCUCUGAGUCGGAGCCUGGCCCAUUCGUGCUACCAUCACACAGUGUUGCGCAGUAUUUGACAUAUCAAGGCGUCCAGACACCAAGAGUGGGUUUGCUUGUGAAGACGGCUUGCUCUUUCGUAAGCUCACUCGAGCACGAUGGGUUGGAGAACCAGCAGGAAAUGCUCAAUUCGGUGUUGCUUUGGGUGAUUGGACUGUUGAAGCAGCUACCUAGCCAUGAAGCAGACCCAGAACUCUCACAAAACGGUAUCGAUUUCGUUACACGUCUCCUGAAUAAACGCCCGAUCACCCUACUUCGCCUGGAACCUUCCAACGCCGCUGAAUUCUUCUUUCUCUUCACCCUCGAGGUAUUGGAUGGAAAGGAACCGCUCCCGAAAACAAGUGCAGCGGAGUUUUGGUCUGCCUUUGUGAGCAUCAAGUAUGAGUCCCAAGAGCUCAACGACAUCUCUCAACAAGCUAUGCAAAUGUUGGGUCCUUUACUAGCACAGAGUCUUGCUAGGAAUCUGGGGGGUAACGCAUCUAGAAGUGAGCUGGACAAGCUGAGCGAGCCCCUCAAAAAGCUUGUAGUACGACAUCCCACGGCUAAGAGCUGGCUCGAGUCGGGACUUGCACACGAGACCUUCCCCAGCGACAAGGUAUCGGCCCAGGACAAGGCAGUGUUUGUGAAAAAGGUUAUCAGUCUUCGAGGGGCGAGGGCUACAAACCAGGUAGUCAGGGACUUCUGGCAGUCAGCACGAGGCUCCAAUUUUGCUUACGCCUCAUAA